AAACCUUAUAUCAGAAGAUGGCAACCAACAGUCAUAUUUUUGCACAUAUUAUCUCUCAACAAAGGUGGAAUGCCACAGAGAAAAUGUCAGUGCAGGCAACUAUCCACAAUGGCCCAUUCUAAUCCUACAACACCGACAGAGGACCACCAUUCCCCAUCUCCGUUAAUCCACUGACGCUAACAAGCUGGUGGGGGACUCAUAGCUUCCCGUAGGUUCACAAUGGAGCGCUAAAGCAACACUGCCACGCUGCACUGGUGACGUGAUGCAGAGUGUUUGACACUAUUGUUCUCUGCUUACUAGUACUGCUGAACUGCAUGCAGUGUCUUUCUAAUGGUACGGCAGGAGUCUGACUCUGAUCUGGCUGGUGGCUGGUGAAUAGAACACCUGGGAAUAACUAACGAUAACUGAGAGAGACAACUAUUCUCGAUUCAGACCACUGGCAAACUCACCCUGGAUCUAAGACACCUCACACAAGUGAAACUGUAGCUAUGGAACUUGAGCUGAAGAAUUUAGAGCUGAGAGCUGGGGACACGUUGAAGGUGAAAGGGAAGAUUCUGGAUAUGGCUGAGAGGUUCCAGAUUGACCUCGGCUGUGAUUCUGAUCACCUGGCUUUGCACUUUAACCCCCGUUUCCAUGACGACACCGAUGGCUCUGUGCUCGUGUGCAACUCGAAGAUUGCAGGCUGCUGGGGAGACGAAAAGAGGGAGACCCACAACCCUUUGCAGAAGGGCUCUACUGUUAAGAUUGUUAUGAAGAUGACAGGAGACAUGUUUGAGGUGGAACUUCCUGAUGGUCAUGAGAUUCAGUUCCCCAACCAUGAGAGCCUGGAUAUCUGCUACGUCCGGAUCAAAGGGGACUUUCAGCUCAAGUCCUUCAAGAUCUGCUAGGAGAAGCUACAGAUCUCUGCUAUAGAAUACAACUAUUUGUUUGUGUUGAUCCAGUAGGGUAGAUUGAGACUACAUUGUUAGAACUGGAUCAGAUCACUGCAAGUGCCAUUUCUGAUUGGUUAUUAUAAUGUUCCUAUUGUCAUAAAUAGAAAUGUGUAUUUAUUGGAUUCUAAGAAGAAUGAGUUUAUUCAAAUAAUUCAGGGUUUUAACAAUUUUGACAAGAUGAACCACAUCAUGAAUCAAUUCACAUGAAAUAUUUAGAGACAUGUUUUUUAAACAAUUUCAAUAAAACAAUAGUCAAUAACAACUG